AUAAUUCAGAGAAUAAAAUUAUUAUUAUGUCUGGUUUGAAAUACUCUAAAAUUGACUUAAAUGUCUUUCUUUUGCUGUAUUUAUUUAGUGAGUCAGCAUGUGGAGGGUGAGCUACCAGCAGCUAGUAGUAGCAGCAAUGAAACAGCCUUGCCAGGUAACAGUGCAGUGGAAGAGCAGAGAGAUGCAGCAGCUCCUGAAGUGGCUGAGGAUGUGAGAGUGAGACAGGCAGCAGAAUGUGAGGUAGCCCAGCCGAGCUCUGUACUUGACAGUGACCUUGGCUUCUUCAUAGAUGCAACCAAAUCUAUUGAGGAAAUAGCACAGGCUGUGUGUCAGAUGUCUGAUGGCCAAAAGUACAAUUUGGUGAAAAACCACGUCAGACCUUCGAAACAUUUCAUUUUCCCAACUACAUUUAUUGGUGGGUGCAACAGGGCAUUCAGGUAUGAUUGGUUUGAGGAGCAUGGAUGGUGGCUGGUUUACAGCAUGAAACUCGAUGGCGCUUUCUGCAUAUGCUGUGCUCUCUUUCUCAAUGCCACAGAGAGGAAACAGUCAACUUCACUGAUAAAUGCGCCCUUCAGUAAAUGGCAUAAGAAAACGAAGAUAAUUGAAAGCCACCAAUCGAAAGCAAACCAUUUAGUGGCAUUUGAAAGAGCAAAACUGUUUCGACAGUCACAUGAAAACCCCAAUACCCGGAUAUCAGUCCGUAUGGACAGUGCAAAGGAGACCAACAUCAAAGAGAACAGGCACAUUCUCAAGUGCGUUGCAGAGGCUGUUCUCUACUGUGGCCGUCAAUGCAUUGCACUGAGAGGAUCAGCUGAGCAGCAGCAUUGUAGUGGCAAUCCUGGGAAUUUCUUGGCCCUAUUGAAACUGCUUUCAAAUCACGAUGAAAAGCUGAAGCAGCAUUUGGAGAAACCAAAGCUAAAAAAUGCCACAUAUCUAUCACCUCAAAGCCAAAAUGAAAUGAUUGAUGUAAUAGGGAAGCACAUGAUUCAGGCCAAGAUCGUGGAAGAGGUCAGGCAUGCUCAGAUGUACACAGUCCUAGCUGAUGAGGUCACAUCCCAUAAUGAAGAGCUGAUGCCAAUGUGUGUUCGCUUCGUGGACAAAGACUUAAAUAUCAGAGAGGAGUUGCUUGAGAUUUGUACUUUGCCACGGAUCACAGGUCGCCACAUUGCAAGCGCGAUCAAAGAUGUGCUGAGUCAUCUAAGCAUAGAGAUUGCUGACUGUCGAGGCCAGGGGUACGAUGGCGCCAGCAAUAUGAGCAGCGAAAAUGUUGGCGUUCAAGCUUUGAUAAAAAAGGAUGCGCCUAAGGCAGUUUAUAUGCACUGCAAUGGGCAUUGCUUGAACCUUGUCAUUGCACGCUCUUGUGCUCUUCCAGUUGUGCGCAACAUGAUUGAUAAGAUGAAGUACAUCGUCAUGUUCUUCACCUGCAGCCCGAAGAGGGAACACCUUCUCAAGGAGGUUGUAGAUAAGGAGGCACAUUCUACCGGAAAGCGGAAGCCCCUGAUUGACCUCAGCCGCACAAGAUGGGCAGCACGGCAUGAUGCCUACAGUCACUUCUACAGUGCCUUUGUCGCAUCAAGGCUCAUGGGCCUAAUUCCAUCUGUCCAGUGCAACUCAGAUGUAACGGUGGACAUCUCUGAAGCAGUCGCUCUGUACCAAGAUGACUUGCCAUCACCAGAGGUCAUUGACCAGGAGCUGAAACGGUGGAAGUUGAAGUGGCAGGUCAAAGCAUUACACCAAAGACCAAGCUCAUGUGCCUCAGCUAUCAAAGAGUGUGAUGAGAUGAUGUAUCCGAACAUCUUCAAACUCCUGAAAAUUGCAUGCACCUUGCCAGUGACCUCCUGCGAAUGUGAGAGGUCUGCCAGUGUUCUCCGGAGACUCAACACAUUCAUGCGGAGCAGCAUGGGAGAGGACCGCAUGUCAUCCUUGGCUCUCAUCCAUACCCACUACGACAUGGCUCUGGAUCUGGAUGAAGCUGUCGAUCUAUACUCAAAAAUGCACCCAAGACGAUUGGAGCUGAUGAGCGUUCUGAUGCAAUAGAAGCCAUAGAAGAAGAAGAGGGAGACAUGGGGGGUGGGUCAUUUCACGUGAAAUCAGACACUUUGGGGCCCAACCGACACAGAUUUUAAUCAAACUUUGUGUGCCUUCUUAGUGGUAAGGUAGAACCCCAGAACUGCAUUUGCAUGAAUCUGGCACUAAUAUAAGGGAGAAAUGGACUAAGAAUGUUUUAAGUAAGAGGGUAGGGCACUACACAUUCAACCUUGAUUAUGUCAAUUUAAAUUACAAAGAGAUGGUUUUGAUGCUGUUUGAAAGCUCUUUUCUGGAACACUUCAAUUUAUAUAAUUAUUAAUUCAUGUUUAAGUUUUAAUGACCAUACCGAUAGUGUACUUCAUGAAGUAAUUCUUAUCUAUUUAUGUCAACAGUGGAGAGAUAGACAAUAAAGGACAGCAACAACAGACAGACAGAACAACAACAGAGACAGACAAUGGAGGGCAGCAACAGACAGGCAAUGGAAGAAAGCAACAGACAACUGAGGUGAGCAACAGAGACAGACAAUCACAGAUGUAGGAAGUUUGAGUAACACUUACAUUUAUAUCAAAUUCUUCAUUCUUGUUAAAGUUUUAAUGACUAUAGAGAUAGCUCAAUUGAAGCAAUUCAUGUCCAUUUAUGUUAACAGUGGGGAGCAACAGACAAAAAAUGAAGGACAGCAACAACAGACUCACAACAAACUUGACGAUGAAUAAAAUAUGUCUAAAUUAAAAGAUUUGAAGUGUGCUGGUGUAUUUAGGGGGCAUUGGAGUAGGGAGCCAAAUGAAGUCCACUUUCGGGGGGAAAAGAUCCCCCCCCACCACAAUGCUGGCU